AUGCUAACACAUAUCUAUUUAUUUAUAUCGAUUUGUCCAUUUGUAUUUGGUAAUUUUCCAUAUAUCAAAGAAACUGGUUUUAAAUUUUGGCUUGGAAUUGGUCUUGGUGAAUGUUAUCAUGAAUUAUUAGAAAAAGGUUCACGAUUAUAUUUUAUGUAUGAAAUUUUAAAUGCUGAUACACAUGAUGAUCAUAUAAUCGCAUAUUUUCGAAAUUCUUAUAAUGGAAGUAUUAUUGCAUCAUCAAGAACACCUCAUCGAGGUCAUUUAGAAUAUUUAACAAAUGAAACAAUAACUAUUGAUAUUUGUAUGGAUCAUGAAAAAUCAGAUACUUAUCCUAAAUAUAUAUCUGUAUUUUUUCAUAUAUAUCAAUUUGAUAAAAUUGUAGCUCAAUUAAAAGAAAUCGAACAUUUUGAUAAUGCAUCAAUAAAUGCUCAUAAUUUACUUAUUUCAAUCAAUAAUCAUAUAAUGAAUUCACGUGAAUAUCAAAUGGAACUUGAAAUGUUAGAUCAAAAAGAUUUAUAUUUAUUAGAAGAAAAUUUCUUUUGGAUUAAUCGAUGGGCAUCUAUUCAUAUAUUAAUAAUUUUAAGUUGUUUUUUAUUUCAAACAUAUUUUAUUAAAGGUUUAUUUGUAACAUCAAGAAAAUAA